AUGGACUUUAAUGAUUCAGCAUCAGCUUAUUCGACCAAACAAUUUGAAAAUGUAACUAAAACUGGAUCUAUACCACUUGUUGUCACUUUUUGCAUCAUCACAUUCCUCACAAUUGUGGGAAAUGUAUUGGUCAUUGCUGCUGUUCUUCUUGUACACAAAUUGCGGUGUCCCAGUAAUUUUUUAAUCGUGAGUCUUGCUGCCAGCGAUCUCUUAGUCAGCAUCAUGGUGAUGCCAUUUGCUACUUAUAUGGAAUACACGCAAUAUUGGGGACUUGGUGAAGUUGCCUGUGAUAUUUAUAUAAAUUUUGACGUUCUUCUAUGCACUGCUUCUAUUCUUAAUUUAUGCACUAUCAGCAUUGACCGAUAUCUUGCCGUAACACGACCUUUUGAAUAUGUAUAUAAAAGAACUCCCAAAUUAAUGAUGAUAAUGAUUUUCAGUGCUUGGGUUGUUUCCGUUCUUAUCAGUGUUCCUCCAACUUUCGGUUUCAAAAGCAAAUUCGUUCCGGGUAAAUGUGAAUACAGCAAAAAUUUCUUCUACCAAGUUUAUGCUUGCCUAGGAGCCUUCUAUAUCCCUCUCAUUAUCAUGUUGAUUCUCUAUGGAAGAAUUGUCAUCUUGGCAAGAAGGAUUGUUCGAUCUGAUCGAGCUAGAGUAGCUUCAUAUUCUGGAGAUGAAAAGCGGAAUUCUAUUCAAAAUUAUGCGGAAUCUCAAGGCACCGAGGAGGAUUCGAAAUCUAAUUAUCUGUGUCACUGUAAAGGUUGCUGUUUUGUGCUUGAAAAGAGGGUUUCCAUGGAUUCUACAGACAAGUCUUUGGAUCAAAAUUCCUACAAUACUAAUGUGGCAAUUACAUCAGUAGGUCAUAGUCUUCCCAAAAGACAUUCGAACCCGGUCCAUUUUCCACAUGUAAAUAUUAUUAGCCCACAUGACAGUCCCAAACCAAUGAUGACAAAUAUGGGCUCCUAUUCCACUGGUGGUCAGAUUCAUCAUUUCAGUCGCCUCCCUCCCUGUAAAGCUCAUCCAACUGAUGGCAACAAUAAUAAUAAUAACUGCACGACGUUGACAGAAGAACCUGCAAAUAACUCUGAUCGUUCAUCGAUAAAUGUAGGAUUUCUGACCCCUGAUCCACCACACCCCCAGGGCCAAUUCACGAGAAAUUAUCGAACUAGUCUGGCUGCUUGUGGAGGUAACCCGAGAGCAAGGUCAUCUUUGUUGCGAGAUCGGGCCUUUUCAGUUAAUAUCGCAAAUCUGCAACAAAAGCCCAAGUGGAAUGGUAAUGUUCCACUAUUCUCAAAGCAGCGAAUGAGUCUGGCUCUUCAUAUUAGGAAACCCGGUAUCAGAAGAUCAAAUGAAGCGAAAGCUAUUCGAACUCUCGGUAUCAUUAUGGGAGUUUUCUGCAUUUGCUGGCUAUCUUUCUUCAUUGUCGCGUUGGGUUUACCACUUUACAAUUACAUUCACCAAACGGAAGCAAACAUCGAUCCGCGUCUAAGUACCUUCUUCCUAUGGCUUGGUAAGUAG